CGAAGAAUGUGUCCGUCAUCCCCGUUUUCUAAUCCCGCUAGAGUCCACAAGAUUCCCUUCUCCUUGGGGACCGUAAAACAGGGACAUCCCCUUCGCAAUAAUCAAAACCAAGUACCAGCUAAAACCACCAUCUAAUGAGACAACUUGAUCACACUUUCGACCAAUCACCUUUACUUCCCCUCUUCUCUCGCUUUUCGAUUACCGGGUUCACGCACUAGCCCACUGUUUCCUUGAGAUUGCAUCUUUGCACAUGCCCGUUUGCUCAAUUCGCCUAUAAGAUCGCCAAGAAGACAAGAACCUUCAAACCCAUCAAAACCAUCACAUCGUUACCGUCGAAAUCUGUCUCUGUACUUGAAGUUCAGCGCAGCUGAUAAUUCUUGGUAUUCAUGGAUACUGUCAAUAACAUCGGCUCGGCGGCGCUGCCCAUCUCGGCUCCGGGCAGCGGCACUCUGGGCAGCCACCUGGCCCGGCGGCUCGUGGAGAUCGGCGUGAGCGACGUGUUCUCGGUCCCUGGGGACUUCAACCUGACCCUCUUGGACCACCUGAUAGCCGAGCCGGGGCUGAACCUGGUCGGCUGCUGCAACGAGCUGAACGCCGGCUACGCGGCCGACGGGUACGCGCGGGCGAAGGGCGUGGGCGCGUGCGUGGUGACGUUCACGGUCGGGGGUCUCAGUGUGCUCAAUGCCAUUGCAGGGGCUUACAGUGAGAACUUGCCUGUGAUCUGCAUCGUGGGUGGGCCUAACUCUAAUGAUUAUGGGACUAACAGGAUCUUGCAUCACACCAUCGGGCUGCCUGAUUUUACCCAGGAGCUCAGGUGUUUCCAAUCAAUCACCUGCACACAGGCAGUGGUGAAUAACUUGGAGGAUGCGCACGAGCAGAUUGAUACCGCGAUCUCGACAGCUUUGAAGGAAAGCAAGCCGGCUUAUAUUAGUAUAAGCUGUAAUUUGUCAGGGAUUCGUCACCCUACUUUUUGCAGAGAUCCAGUUCCGUUCUCCCUUGCACCGAAGAUGAGCAAUCCAAUGGGCCUGGAAGCAGCAGUCGAAGCAACUGCAGAUUUUCUCAACAAAGCUGUCAAACCGGUCAUUGUGGGUGGGCCAAAGCUCAGGGUGGCCAAGGCUCAAAAGGCCUUCAUGGAGUUUGUGGACGCCUCUGGGUACCCAGUCGCCAUUAUGCCUUCGGGCAAGGGGCUGGUGCAAGAGCAUCAUCCCCACUUCAUUGGAACCUAUUGGGGUGCUGUGAGUACAAGCUUUGCCGGGGAGAUUGUAGAGUCAGCUGAUGCCUACAUUUUUGUGGGCCCCAUCUUCAACGAUUACAGCUCUGUGGGCUAUUCCUUGCUGAUUAAGAAGGAGAAAGCAAUCAUGGUGCAGCCCAAUCGCGUGACUGUAGGGAAUGGUCCUUCCAUUGGGUGGGUUUUCAUGGCAGAUUUUCUGAGCGCAUUGGCCAAGAGGCUGAAGAGAAACACAACUGCUUUGGAGAAUUACCGCAGGAUAUUUGUACCUCCGGGCAUGCCUCUCAAGUGCGAGAAAAAUGAGCCCCUUAGAGUCAAUGUUAUGUUUAAGCACAUUCAGGAUAUGCUCAGUGGGGACACUGCAGUUAUCGCUGAAACUGGAGACUCUUGGUUUAACUGUCAGAAACUGCGGUUGCCUGAGAAUUGCGGGUAUGAAUUCCAGAUGCAAUAUGGAUCCAUAGGUUGGUCGGUUGGUGCCACUCUCGGAUAUGCUCAAGCAGCCACUGAUAAGCGUGUGAUAGCUUGCAUUGGUGAUGGCAGUUUCCAGGUCACGGCUCAGGAUGUAUCAACGAUGAUUCGAUGCGGACAGAAGACUAUAAUCUUCCUGAUCAACAACGGGGGUUACACAAUUGAAGUGGAGAUUCACGACGGCCCUUACAACGUGAUUAAGAACUGGAACUACACUGGUCUCGUGGAUGCCAUUCACAAUGGUGAAGGCAAAUGCUGGACAGCAAAGGUUCGCACAGAGGAAGAGCUGAAAGACGCAAUCGCGACAGCGACAGGGCCGCAUAAGGAUUGCCUGUGCUUCAUUGAGGUGAUCGUACACAAGGACGACACAAGCAAAGAGCUGCUAGAGUGGGGGUCGCGUGUUUCUGCCGCGAACAGCCGCCCUCCUAAUCCUCAGUAAUCUCUCCGUGUUCUAAGUCCUACAUUGAUUUGAGAGAGGGAGGGAGAGGGAGAGAGGAUCAAUUGUGAAUAAGAUGAACGCUGAUGUACGAGAGUUUUCUGUAUGAUGUAAACUUUUAACAAGAGUGAAUUGUACAAUAAAGCCACUGGAACACCCUCCCAAGAAUAUCGGAGGACUCCCCAUCUCUCCUCUGUUCCUUCAAUAUUACCGACCAUUGUGAUUACAUAGGA